UAUAUCAUAAUAUCUUGUCCUCAUAUCACUCCUGAUUGUUUUGUCCUAACUAACUCCACAACCUCUGGAAUAUUACCGACGGUACGUGAAGGCAGCACAUGUUCCAUUCUCUUUGUAGUUACCGGCCCCUGUUGGCGGACUGUGAGAAAGCAUUUUAACAGCAGACUGGGUGAGGGUUUGAUUUCACCUGGAACACAUUAUUAUGUCAGCUGUCUGUAGGAGUGUUACGCGAUAUUAAUAAACGAUUCAACACAUUAAUCCUUCUGCUGCUAAUCACACCGAGUGCUACUGGACAACAGCGCCCCCUAGCUGCAUGUUGGGACGCUGCAUCACGCUUGGAAUAAUAAUAAAAAAAACCUCCAUCAUCCUCCUGAUGCGAGCAUCGUUUCGGCGGAGCAUCCUCCCAAACCUCCCGACACUCAUGACCGCCGAGUAGGGCCUCUGAUAACACACCGAGGGACACCGGGACUGGAAGAUGGCGAAGCACCGCAAAGAGCGAGACAGCUGGGGUGAGUGGUCCCUCAGUGAUAAAAACGUGUACGACUGGAGCUCAGAGGAGGAGGAGCCUGAUGGACGCGCCCGACCCGUGCAGGUGCUGCUGGUCAAAGACGACCACACCUUCGAGCUCGAUGAGGCGGCGCUGAGUCGCAUCCUACUCGCCGAGGAGGUCAGAGACCGCCAGGUGGUCGCCAUCUCUGUGGCCGGAGCUUUCCGCAAGGGCAAGUCCUUCCUCAUGGACUUCAUGCUGCGCUACAUGUACAAACAGGCGUCUGACGGCUGGCUCGGAGACUCAGACGAGCCUCUGACCGGCUUCUCCUGGAGGGGGGGCUCGGAGAGGGAGACCACAGGGAUCCAGAUCUGGAGCGAGGUCUUCCUGGUGGACAAACCAGACGGGAGAAAGGUGGCUGUGCUGCUGAUGGACACACAGGGGACGUUUGACAGCCAAUCGACUCUGAGAGAUUCAGCCACCGUGUUCGCUCUGAGCACCAUGAUCAGCUCCAUGCAGGUGUACAACAUCUCCCAGAACGUCCAAGAGGACGACCUCCAGCACCUGCAGCUUUUCACAGAAUACGGCAGACUGGCCAUGGAGGAGACUUUCCUCAAACCAUUCCAGUCGAUGAUCUUCCUGGUGAGAGAUUGGAGCUUUCCGUAUGAGUUCCCGUACGGUCAGGAGGGAGGGAUGAAGUUCCUGGAGAAGAGACUGAAGAUUUCAGAGAACCAGCAUGAGGAGCUGCAGAACGUCCGUAAACACAUUCACUCGUGUUUCACCAACAUCUCCUGUUUCCUGAUGCCUCACCCCGGCCUCAAGGUGGCCACCAACCCGCACUUUGAUGGACGCAUUAAAGAGAUCGAUGGAGACUUCCUGAAUAACCUGAAGGUUCUCGUUCCGUGGCUGCUCAGCCCUGGAAGCAUCGACGUGAAGGAAAUCAACGGCAGCGAGAUAACCUGCAGAGGUCUGCUGGAGUACUUCAAGGCAUACAUUAAGAUCUAUCAGGGCGAGGAGCUGCCUCAUCCAAAGUCCAUGCUGCAGGCCACGGCGGAGGCCAAUAACUUGGCAGCUGUAGCGGCGGCGAAGGAUUUGUACAAUAAGAAGAUGGAGGAGGUGUGUGGUGGGGAUCGGCCCUUCCUGGCCCCCAGCGAGCUGCAGGCCCGUCACGGCGCCAUCAGGGAGGAGGCGCUGCAGGUGUUUCGGGGCGUGAAGAAAAUGGGAGGCGAGGAGUUCAGCCGGCGUUACCUGCAGCAGCUGGAGGGAGAGAUCGACGAGGUGUUCGUCCAGUACAUCAAGCACAACGACUCCAAGAACAUUUUCCAUGCCGCACGCACGCCAGCCACGCUGUUCGUGGUCAUCUUUGUCAUGUACGUGGCGGCAGGCAUCACAGGCUUUGUGGGCGUGGACAUCAUCGCCAGUCUGUGCAACAUGAUCCUGGGUCUGGCUCUGAUCACACUCUGCACCUGGGCCUACAUCCGCUACUCCGGGGAGUACCGAGAGCUCGGCGCCGUCAUCGACCAGGUGGCCGGAGCGCUUUGGGACCAGGGGAGCACUAACGAGGCGCUCUACAAGCUCUAUAAUGUAGCAGCCAAUCACAGGCACCUGUACCACCACGCCUUCCCUGGGCCUCAGGUAGAGGAGGAGGCCGAGGAGGAGGACAGGAAGAGGGACUGAUUGGAGCAGGGACUUCAUGUUGAUGGACAGGAGGAGGAGGAGCUUCGUCUCCCAUCAGGCACUCUGUUUUUCUGGCCCACCAUACAUCCCCUGCUUUAACCCCUCGAACAGACUGUAUAAUGUUCAUGAUGAGGUCACAGCGCCCCCUGUGGUGCAGCCUGAGUUCACUGGAUGGACGGUGUUCUUGUCUGUGAACAUAUAUAGUUAAGGUGUACAGACGCCACGCUGAUCCGUCAGCUUCAUAUUACACGGUUUAUGUCUCAUCACUCAUCGCUCCAGAUGCUUUUAAACUAAAGUGUGACCCCCUCCACCUGUGACAGUGGUUCUGUUCUUUACAAUUUAGUGCUCUUUAUAGGAAACAAAAUGUAAGACCUGAUGUCUGAAAGCCUCCAUGUGUCGUGUCAGUGUUUCAGCCUCCUCAGCAUGAUAAAUGGUUAUCUGUCAUCUUUGAGCUCUUAAAGCAGCUUUACUUUAUAAAACUGGAGUUUAAUGGUU